AUGACCGUGACCAUGGCCGACUCCAACGAGUUGCUUGACAAGAGCAAAGUACUGCCUGAGGAGGCUAGUGAUGUCGAGAAGUACGGCUCUGAUAGUGUCACUUCCAAUAACGAGGCCGCAGACGAUGACAGCAAGUUUCCCACCGGCGUGGCGUUAUGGUCUAUCCUAGGCCCUGUUACAAUCGCCUACUUUCUGGUCUUCCUCGACAUGUGUGUCGUGUCUACGGCAACCCCCGCCAUUACAGAGCGAUUUGACUCUCUGGUCGACAUCGGCUGGUAUGGCGGCGCGUACCAGCUCGGCAGCUCCGCUCUCCAACCGCUCACUGGCAAGAUCUACAGUCACUUUAACAUCAAGUGGUCCUUCCUUGUCUUCUUCUUUCUUUUCGAGCUCGGAUCUGUCAUCUGUGGAGCCGCCGUCUCGUCGCCCAUGUUCAUUGUCGGCAGAGCCAUUGCCGGUGCUGGCUCGUCCGGUAUUGGAAACGGUGCUCUGACUAUUAUCUCAACUACACUGCCGCGCAGGAAGCAAGCCCGGUUUCUGGGCAUCAACCUGGGCAUCGGUCAGCUCGGUAUCGCCUUGGGGCCCAUCAUUGGAGGUGCAUUCACCCAAAAUGUUAGCUGGCGUUGGUGCUUUUAUAUCAACCUUCCCAUUGGCGCCGCUCUAGCCAUUCUACUACUCCUCUUCAAGAUCCCUGAGCCGACCACCAAACUACCCCCCAGACAAGUCCUUAGCACGGCCGUCAAGUCUCUGGAUCUUCCAGGCUUUAUGCUCAUUAGCCCCGCUGCCGUCAUGUUUUUGCUGGCAUUGCAAUACGGCGGAACUGUGCACCCGUGGAAUAGCUCCGUUGUUAUCGGCCUUCUGGUCGGCGCCGCCGUCACCUUCAUCCUCUUCCUUAUCUGGGAAUACCACCAGGGUGAUGGUGCCAUGGUACCAUUUGCCAUGAUCAGAAAGCGCAUUGUGUGGUCCGCUGCGGGUACCUUGUUCUUCUGUCUCGGUGCCAUUUUAGUGGCUGAGUACUACCUCGUUAUUUACUUCCAGACCGUGCUCGACAACAGGCCUAUCAUGAGCGGUGUGCAUCUGCUGCCAGCGACUUUAGGCUUGGUCAUUUUCACCAUGCUUGCCGGAAUGAUGACCGAGAUCUUUGGGUAUUACCUACCCUGGAGCCUGGGAGGAAGUGCCUUGGCCGCCAUUAGCUAUGGCCUCAUGUCUAUGAUUAAGCCUACGACUUCGUCCUCGAAAUGGCUUGGGUACCAGGUCCUCUAUGGCGUUGGUAGCGGUGCUAUGACUUCGGCACCCUAUGUAGCAAUCCAAAAUCUUGUCCCACCUCCGCAGAUCCCUAUUGCUAUGGCUAUCAUCAUCUUCUGUCAAAACAUGGGCGCUGCCGUUUUUCUUAUUACUGCCAAUUCAAUCUUCACCAACGGGCUGCGCAAGGAGCUGCAGAAACAUAUCAACGAAAUUGGCGUCAACCCAGACAUUAUCCUUGGUACCGGACUCAGUUCAAUCCGAAGUAUUGUUUCGGGCGAUAAGCUCACGGUCGCGCUCAAGUCCUAUACCACGGCAAUUAGUCAUGUUAUGUAUCUCGGCAUUGGACUCAGCGUGGCCACGUUUGCCUUUGGCUGGGGACUGGGCUGGGUUGAUAUCCGGAAGGUGAAGCAACUGCAGGCCAUUCAGGCGCCGAACACCAAACAGAACGUGGAUUCGACAACCGAAAAUUCGAUCACACCUUAA